AGCUCCUCAGGGUAGGACUAUCUUUGUCUAGUACGCACCUUAUCAAGUAUGGCAUGUUGAUAACCCAUUCCUCCGUCACUUUCUGUAGUUUGUUCCCAAUUGGGCAAAAUCCAUCAUGUCUGAUAUCAAGGACUUCAACCGCAUGUUCAGUCUUGACGGCAAGGUCGCUUUGGUCACAGGAGGUUCUAGGGGAUUGGGUCUGCACACUGCGACUGCAUUUCUCCUCGCUGGAGCAAAGAAGGUUUUCAUCUCCGCGCGUAAGAACGAAGGAGAGCAGGGCAUUGACCAAGCCGUCGAGAAACUCAACAAAUUGCCUGUUGCUGGAAUUGCAGUCGGUAUCGCCGCUAAUGUCGCAGAUACUGAGGACAUAGAAAGAUUGGUAAGAAAGGUGCAGGAGACCGACGACAAGUUAGAUAUCCUUGUGUGCAAUGCGGGAGCCACUUGGGGUGGCCCUUUCGAUCCCACGCCAGAUUGGGCGAGUCAGAAGGUUUUGGACUUGAAUGUCCGCGGCGUCUUCAAUCUUUGCAGACUGUUCGCGCCUCUAUUGGAGCGCGCUGGCACUCGCGUCUCCCCUUCUCGCAUCAUUAUCGUAUCCUCAACGGCUGGAACGACUGUGCCUCAUGUAGGAGAGCAUGGGACUAUCAUGUAUAGUAUUUCCAAAGCAGCUGCACAUCACUUGUCGCGACAGCUAGCAGUAGAGCUUGGACCGAGGAACAUCACGACAAAUACCGUCGCGCCUGGCUUCUUCCCUUCAAAGCUUGCUAAUGGCUUGAUUGACAUACUAGGUGGACAGAAAGAGCUAGAAGAAAGCAAUCCUAGGAAACGAUUAGGAGAAGCCUCAGACAUUGCUGGAGUGAUGGUAUUCUUAUGUAGUCCUGCGGCAGCGUAUAUCAAUGGAGAAGAUAUAGCUGUAGACGGUGGAGUGAGACUGGCAAGUGGACGGUAUUCAAAGAUAUGAAAAUUGAUUUCUUUCUAAUCGCAC